UUUGGUUAAGGAGGGGUGUAACAGGUUGACCUCAGGAAAUGAAGACAAGAUUCCCGUUUGGAGUGGAAAAAUGCGAACCGCGUGGCCGGGAGUCUCUACUCCAUCGUCCUCCGCGGUCGAUCAUCAUGGUUCUCCUUCUUCAGCAGCAGCACCAGCAGGUUUUAGGUUAGGUUAGAUUUCCAUCUCUAAUGGCGGACAGCACCCUAUUGCCGCUAGCUUCAGGAUCCUUCUCUCCGAAUUAAAGAGUUAAUACGAACAUACCAUGUUUUCCGAAUCUCAGAGAUGCAUUGGUGGCAGAUCACCUUCUCUUCUUCGUCGUCAUCUUCCCCUAAAUCGUCCUCCAUCGGUUCCCGAAUGAGACGUAAUGUCAGGGACCUUAAUUUCUUCAGGAACCAUCGAGCGUCCCGCUCUCAGCCCCGUCUCACGCGACAGCGCAAGCUUCGUCAUCUCAGCGACGUCGAUAUCAGCCGUUUGUCCUUGAACACCAGUCCCUCGGAUAUCCCUAAAUCGGUGCCCGUCUCGCGGUCACCCAGCAACCUCGACCACUUCUCCGGGGUACCUCAGCCUUUGCCGCGUCCGGACGUGUCUGCGCUUAGCCGUCGGGAAUCCGGGUUCUCGUCUCCGAAUCACGUGGACUUACCUCUUCCUUCGCCUAAGGAGACACCGAGCAGAGGUGAGGGAGAGAAUGGAGAUAGAAAGGAUUGCUUAAUUGGCGAUGUAAAAAGGGAGGGGAUCCCUGCUAGUUCUACAAUCGGAAGGUCUUCUUACCAAGCUGUUCACAAGAGUCCAGAACAUGUCAAUACACCUUCAGCUAGAUUUCCAAAGGAUUGCAUGAGGGAGGUGCUUCAUGAACAAAUUACUGUUGAUAAUGUUCAAUUCAAAUCCAUGUUGAAUCUUUACCCUAAGAGUGCUCCAACCAGUGGCUUCUCAAGUCCAACACUUAGUCCUCGAAGAUUUAGUAAUUGUGAUGCUUUUCCUUAUUCCUCCAUUCAAUCUCAAGGUUUCCAGACCUGGUCUGCUCCAGAAUUUCCAAACUUCGAUAUGCUUGUUGGGUUGUCUCCACGGGCUUCACCAGAUAAAAUUCUGUCUAGUCCUGAUCAUUCUCCAAUUCAAAGUCCUACAGUAAAUAGUCCUGGCUUAAAGAUCAAGAGUCCUAGAGUGAGCUGUUCCAGUCAAAGCCGCAGAAGUUUUAGUGGAGCUGUAUCUACAUUACAUCCAGCAGCAUGGCAUGACAAUAAUGGUCAUUCCAAUGUCCAUCCAUUACCUCUUCCUCCAGGAGCCAUACUACCUCCUCUAUCAACUUCUUUUCAUCAAACUACAGCUAAACCAGAGGUAUCAUCGAAGGCUGGUCAAUGGCAGAAAGGAAAGCUUAUUGGAAGUGGUACAUUUGGAAGCGUUUAUGUUGCCACAAACAGGGAAACUGGAGCUUCAUGUGCAAUGAAAGAAGUUAAUUUGAUUCCUGAUGAUCCCAAAUCUGCGGAGUGUAUAAAACAAUUGGAGCAGGAAAUUAAAGUUCUUAGCCAAUUAAAGCAUCCAAAUAUAGUGCAAUUUUAUGGUAGUGAAAUAAUUGAAGAACGUUUCUACAUAUAUUUGGAGUAUGUUUUUCCUGGUUCAAUUAAUAAAUUCAUCCGUGAGCAUUGUGGAGCAAUUACAGAAUCUGUUGUUCGUAACUUUACCCGCCAUAUUCUCUCUGGGUUGGCCUACUUGCAUAGCAAAAAGACAAUCCAUAGGGACAUCAAAGGGGCAAAUUUGCUUGUUGAUGCAUCUGGUGUUGUCAAGCUUGCUGAUUUUGGGAUGGCAAAACAUCUUGAUGGACAUGCAGCUCAGCUCUCUUUGAAGGGAAGUCCCUACUGGAUGGCCCCAGAGGUCAUACAUUCUAUGAUGAAGAAAGAUACAAAUAGUGAUCUUGCUUAUGCUGUUGACAUUUGGAGUUUGGGCUGUACUGUUAUUGAGAUGCUGAAUGGCAAGCCUCCUUGGAGUGAGCUUGAGGGGGCUGGAGCUAUGUUUAAGGUUUUGAGAGAAUCUCCACCAAUACCGGAAACAUUAUCAGCUGAGGGCAAGGAUUUCCUCAGGCGCUGCUUUCAAAGAAAUCCUGCUGACAGGCCAUCAGCAAGCAAGUUGUUAGAACAUCCUUUCUUAAGGAACUCAACCCAUUUGGAAUGUCCAGCUUGUCUGCAAGCAUUCUCUACAACAAAAUUAGUGGAUAAAGCACAUAGUCCAAGAGAGUUGAAUAAAUACAAAUCCGACCCAGUACCAACAUCUCCUGGCACACAAUCUACAAUAGGAAAAGGGCCAUCUAAUGGUGAUAAAAAAUCUCAUGCUGAAACUUGCGACUCCACAGCAGCUUCUCGGCAUUCUCCUCGGUCCACCCUGGAGUUUAUUCCUAGUCUGUCUCCUCCACACUCAAAUAGAAGCAUACAUAAUUCCAGCCAUUCUCCGAACAUCCUUCACAGUGCAGACCAGAGUGCCCGGGACAUCUAUCAUCGAUAUGCUUUUGCAAGAGCUCAUGGAAGAAAGCCAAAUACUUCUGAAACAGGUUGAUCAGAUUCAGAAAAUAGGGUGGUUUGUUUCUCAUGUGGAGCCAGGGAGACUAGAAGACAAUUGUGUAGAGGAGCCAGCAUUGAAACUGCAUAGAAUGGUGAUAUUUGCAUUUGGCACUUAAUGUUCAUUAGGUCCCACGUGACGUCGACAACAAAGAGGAGCAUAUGUAAAAAAAUAAAAUAAAAUAAAAUAAAAGUUCUUCACUAUACCCUCAUUGUUGAAACCUCUUGAAGCUUCAAGGCCUCCUUACACUUUGAUAUUUCGAUCUCUGGCCUUUAAUCAAGUAUGCCAUGGGAUUGGUGAGCAGGUUGUACAUCCCUGUUCAUUUAUCUUAAGCAUAAAUUGAAAGGUCUUUAUACAAAUGGGGGAGAAGAUUUUCACAUUUGUACCACUUUUCUUGUAUGAUAUGAUGGUAUCAAAUUGAAUUUGUUGUAGAUAUUUAGAAUGUUAAUGAUAGUCUGUCUAGUUGUGGAAAA